AAGCGACCAUGUGCUCAGGCAGAAGCCGCGCCCCCCCUUCGUUUCCCGGAGCCAAUCAGAGGUCGCGAUAAGCGCGGAGGGGAUUCCUCUCAGCGAAUCACAGCGCGUCUUGCUGCGGGGACACUCGCUCUCGCACACGCUGAGGAGGCCCUUCUGCUGGGAGCGGGGAGGAAGGGAGGCUGUACAUCAUCGCUCUGUUCAGGCUGACACGGUGCGUCGCCGUGCUGAAGAGUAAAUUACCGCUGACAGCGAGCUGUCCCGUUGUUUACGGUCGCGCCUUGCCGCCGUCAGCACGCAUUGCCAAAGCCUCGUCAUCUGGUCUGCCGAGGAUGCCGCAGGCGAACAAGUCCAGGAACGCCGCCCCGGCGUCUGACUCCUCAGGCUCGGCCCAAGCCGGAGCCACCGCCGCCGAAGAUCCAGAGCCGGUGUCCCGGGAGGUGAGCCAGGCUGUGGAUGGAGGAGGAGGAGGAGAGGACAAUGUUGGAGACAGCGACAUCAUCAAGUCCCCCAGUGACCCCAAACAGUACAGGUACAUUGUGUUGGAGAACGGACUGCGUGCUCUGCUCAUUUCAGACUACAAUGGACCGGCAGCGUCCGAAGAUGAGGACUCGGAGGGAGAAGAUGAAGGUGAAGGAGAAGACGACGACGAGGAGGAGGAUGAAUCUGGAGACGAAACAGAAGACGAGUCUGAGGAAGACGACGACGAUGACAAGGGCAGUGACGAAGAUGACGACAAUGAGGGGAAAAAGAAGAAAGGAAAUGCAGAGAAACAGUCUGCAGCUGCGCUGUGUGUUGGAGUGGGCAGCUUCAGUGACCCCGGUGACCUCCCCGGCCUUGCCCACUUUCUCGAACACAUGGUGUUCAUGGGCAGCGAGAAGUACCCCUCAGAAAACGGCUUUGAUGCUUUCCUCAAGAAGCACGGAGGGAGUGACAAUGCCUCCACCGACUGCGAGAGGACCAUCUUCCAGUUUGACAUCCAGAGGAAAAGCUUCAAAGAGGCUCUCGACAGGUGGGCUCAGUUCUUCAUCUGCCCCUUGAUGAUCCGAGACGCCAUCGACAGGGAGGUGGAGGCCGUUGACAGCGAGUACCAGCUGGCUAAGCCUUCGGACUCCCACAGGAAGGAGAUGCUGUUUGGCAGUCUGGCCAAACCUGGACACCCUAUGGGCAAGUUCUGCUGGGGGAAUGCCCAGACGCUGAAGCAGGAGCCAAAGAAGAAGAAGAUCAAUGUCUAUAAGCGGCUGCGUGCCUUCUGGAAGAAACACUACUCUGCCCACUACAUGACUCUGGCUGUGCAGUCAAAAGAGAAGCUGGACACUCUGGAGGAGUGGGUGAGAGAGAUCUUCAGCAAGGUGCCUAACAAUGGUCUGCCCAAGCCAGAUUUCUCUGAUAUGCCAGAUCCCUUUGAGACACCAGCCUUCAACAAGCUCUACAGAGUCGUUCCUGUGAGGAAAGUUCAUGCUUUGAAUAUCACCUGGGCUCUUCCUCCUCAGGAAAAACACUACAGAGUGAAACCUCUACACUACAUCUCUUGGCUGAUUGGCCAUGAAGGCACAGGAAGCAUCCUCUCAGUGCUAAGGAGAAAGUGUUGGGCGCUGGCUUUGUUCGGAGGAAACAGUGAAACCGGCUUUGACCAAAACACCACCUACUCCAUCUUCUCCAUCUCCAUCACCCUCACUGACGAAGGUUUCCAAAACUUCUACCAGGUGACCCACCUGGUGUUCCAGUACCUGAAGAUGCUGCAGACGCUUGGACCGCAGCAAAGAAUAUACGAAGAGAUCCAGAAUAUUGAAGCAAACGAGUUUCACUAUCAGGAGCAGAUUGAUCCCAUAGAGUAUGUGGAGGACAUUUGUGAGAACAUGCAGCUGUUCCCCAAAGAAGAUUUCCUAACAGGAGAUCAGCUCAUGUUUGAGUACAACCCAGAAGUGAUCAGUGCAGCCCUGUCCAUCCUCGCCCCUGAGAAAGCCAACCUGAUGCUGUUGUCACCAGAACAUGAGGGCCAGUGUCCCCUGCGGGAGAAGUGGUUUGGCACACAAUACAGCGUGGAGGACAUCCAGCAGGAGUGGAUGGAGCGGUGGACAGAUCACCUGGAGCUGAACGGUGACCUCCACCUGCCCGCUGAAAACAAGUUCAUCGCCACUGACUUCAGCCUGAAGCCUUCUGACUGCCCAGACACAGAGCUCCCUGUCCGGAUAGCCGACAGCGACAGGGGCUGCCUCUGGUACAAGAAGGACAACAAAUUCAAAAUCCCAAAAGCCUACAUCAGAUUCCACUUAAUCUCUCCUGUAAUCCAGCAAUCUGCUAAGAAUGUGGUCUUGUUUGACAUGCUGGUCAACAUCCUGGGACACAACCUGGCGGGGCCGGCCUACGAGGCAGAAGUGGCCCAGCUGGAGUAUAAACUGGUGGCCGGUGAACACGGCCUGGUCAUAAAGGUCAAAGGAUUUAACCACAAACUGUCUCUGCUGUUCCACCUGAUCAUUGACCACCUCGCUGCCUUCUCUGCCUCCCCCGACGUCUUCAGCAUGUUCUCGGAGCAGCUCAAAAAAACCUACUUCAACAUCCUCAUCAAACCUGACAAACUUGGCAAGGACGUUCGGCUGUUGAUCUUGGAGCACUCUCGCUGGUCCAUGGUCGAGAAGUGUCAGGCUCUGACGGCCGGUCUGACCAGCGACGAGCUGAUGGAGUUCAGCCGGAGCUUCAGGACCGAGCUGUACGUCGAGGGACUGGUGCAGGGCAACUUCAGCCGAGCUGAGUCGGAGCAGUUCCUGCAGUAUGUCACAGAUAAGUUGCAGUUUGCAAAGUUGCCAGCUGAGGUGCCCGUGAUGUUCAGGGUGGUGGAGCUUCCCCCGAAGCAUCACAUCUGUAAAGUAAAAUCGCUCAAUAAGGGAGACGCCAACUCCGAGGUCACAGUUUACUACCAGUCUGGCCUCAAGGCCUUAAGAGAGCACACACUGAUGGAGCUGUUGGUGAUGCACAUGGAGGAACCCUGCUUUGAUUUCCUCAGGACCAAAGAGACUCUGGGCUACCAUGUGUACCCCACCUGCAGAAACACCUCGGGGGUUCUGGGUUUCUCUGUCACCGUGGAAACACAGGCCACCAAGUUCAAUACCGAGCUGGUGGAGUUAAAAAUUGAAGAGUUCUUGGCUUCAUUCGGGGACACGCUGAAUGCUCUGACUGAGGAGGCCUUUAAGACUCAGGUGACCGCUUUAGUGAAGCUGAAGGAGUGUGAGGACACACACCUCGGGGAGGAGGUGGACAGGAACUGGGCCGAGGUGGUUACACAGCAGUAUGUGUAUGACAGGCUCAACAGAGAGAUCGAGGCUCUGAAGCAGAUGACCAGGGCUGAGCUUGUCUCUUGGUUCCAAGAGCACAGAGGACAGAGCAGCCGCAAACUCAGUGUGCACGUGGUGGGAUUCGGUGCUGAGGAGAACGAUGAGGUUGGUAAAAAGGGAGAAGGAGAGGAAAGCAAAGAGGAGGAUUUAAGUGGCUCGACCUACGGUGAGGUGUCUAAGCUCACUUUCAUUCCGGCCUCACCCAAGAUGGCGGGCGCCGUUGCCAUCAUGGACAUUCCUGCGUUCACCGAUGGCCUGCCCCUCUUCCCCUACCACAAGAUACUCGAAUAAACUACGACUGACGAAGGGCCUGAGCUUAUCCUCUUACUGAGCCAUGUUUGGGGACAGUGCCACAUUAGAGAUGCAGACACUUAAUGUGUGGAGGAUGUUUGAAACGGCUUCGGCUCAGCUCGUCUCUUGACCUGGAUUCUGUAACUUGGGCCCGGCUGUAGAUUUUACUUACACUGUGUAUGUGCGUGUGCGUGCGUGCGUGCGUGCGUGCGUGCGUGCGUGUGUGCGUGCGUGCGUGCGUGCGUGCGCGUGUGUGCGCACAACCAAGAGCCUGGAAGUGAUAAUAGACUUUUCUUUUAGCUAAGUGAUAAUCUAUUCUGUUUGCUCACACUCAAUUAUUUUAUAACCUCACACACCGGGAGUGCGGGAGCGCUCCAUUUCAUUCUCUAUCCCACACGGACUGAAAAAAUGUUCGAUUCACAUUCUCAUUUCUUCGGUUCUCUGCGCUCUGCUGAUAUCACAAUACUGACGGAAACCUAGACUGAGUUUAAUAUCAUUUUAAAAAACACAAAUCAAAUGUGAAAACUUCCAAAAUGCUGAGUUCUUUGAACUGCAGAUAUGUGUUUGAGUGAUUGUGUGCUGGAUUUCAUGCUCUGCCGUGCACUACUGUUAUUAGCUGACCUGGAGUGUUCCGUGGAAUGAAACUGUGCAAAGAAAAAGAUCAAUGAUGAUGAACUGAGCCUACAGAAAAUAUGUAUUGAUGAAGUUGUCUUUACAAUAGAAGUAAAAUAUCAAACUAGUGAAA